ACUCGUAUGCAAAAUCAACGAAACAAAAACAAAAAGCAAAAAUAUACUAUCCUAUGUCAUUUUUCGCCGAACAACAUCGACCUAAUAGAGCGAAUGUGUCAACGCGAAUGUGCAAACCCGAUAAAUAUGGUUUAUUCGUUCUUGCCUGUGGUAGAUGAAGGCAGAUUUUAGAGUUUGUUUACAAUUUCGUGGGCACAGUGUAAUUUGUACAACAACGAUAACAAAAGCAAGAAAAAGCAGGCACAUCACAAGCACCAAUAACAAUAAACUCAAAUCUUAUUUUGAAUGGAAUAACAAAAUAUCAUACAUAUUUCGAUCGGCUUGCCGCUUGUGAAACCAUAAAACUCUUACUAAGCUUUGAAUAUUAACAACAAACCAAAACAAAGAAACUUUAAUUAGCACCAAAGGUCGAUAUUAGUCAGUAGCAACCAAAAAUUAUUUUGCUUUUCGUAGUAGCAUAUUGACUACGAUUUUGCAUCUUUCUGGGUUGCUCUUAUAAAGAAAAAAAUUGUCAAACUGAAGCAGUUGUCGCAAGACGUGACGGUGCUGUUAAAAAUUAAAAAAAUGGACAGCAUCGGUGAGGAGAACGGCAACUCGAACAAUAUUGAGGAAGGUCACAAUUUGACGACUACCUCAACGCACCAAAGUAAUAACUCAACGGCCGGCAAUAGUGUAGCAACAUCAGCCGCCGGUAGUGGAGCUACUGUAUUGACCACAACAGCGAGUGUACAAUACCCCUUAGCAGCACCGGUGCACAGUUUACAGCAAAUGCAGUCUGUCAUUCAGGCAGCCAAUCAGUCGUCAGUCAUUCAAACAGCCGCCACAAAUGCUGUGACCGCGGCGACGGCAGGAACGAUAGGUGUACCCAAGGGUGGGGUAUUAUAUGUGAAUAAGCCACCUAGUACAACGGUAAUACACACAACAUCAGGCAGUGGUGUACAGCUCCCUCCACAUUUUCAAUGUAAAAUCAAACCCGAACCAAAUACACAACACCUCGACACUAAUAGUGAAGAUAGUCUCACUGACGAGGACUCACCGCAGCGACGAAUAGAGCUCACAAGAAGGCCAUCGUACAAUAAAAUUUUCACCGAAAUUAGUGGACCUGAUAUAACAGGUGGAGCGACUUUGCAAAUGUCAGAGACUGGUGGACUACACACGUUGUCGAGCACGGGGGGCGGUACAAGCGGCACCCUAAUACAAAUGCCGCCGGACAAUGCGGCAGCAUUUUACAUACCUCAUAGGAUUCCAUACAAUACUAAUAAUAGUGGCAUAGCUGAGGAUCAGACGCGCAAGCGCGAGAUACGAUUACAAAAAAAUCGGGAGGCGGCACGUGAAUGUCGGCGUAAAAAGAAGGAAUAUAUAAAGUGCCUGGAAAAUCGUGUGGCGGUGCUUGAGAAUCAAAACAAAGCGCUCAUUGAAGAAUUGAAAUCACUCAAGGAGCUCUAUUGUCAAACAAAGAUCGAUUGAGACAGGCAGGAUGAUGACGACGAUGCGGUUGGGACGGAAGUGGUGGCUACGGAUAACUAUGAAAACGAUGGCGACAAUGUCGUAGAUACUGCAGUUGCAGAUAAUGCUGUCGUAUCAAAUGUAGAUUUCGCCGCUACAAGUACAAAUUGUGAAAAUGCUGCUGCAAGUGUAGUUUUUAAUAGCAAUGCGUUAAGUGAAACGGAUUCACUUACAGCUGAUAACACAUUACAACAACAUGGUGAUGAUAGUGAUAAUGGCAACCGUUGUAAGGACGAUCCUACGGUUGAAUGUGUUGCAGCUGAGCCAAAGGAUUUUCAAGUGAACAAUCGCUUGCAAGUGUUACAUGUAGGGAAAGCAGUGCCAUCUGUAGCAGCAACAGCAGCAGCAACAACAACUACAACAACCAUUGUGCGCCGCAUUGUAGUUGCAAAUAUGAAUGCUGUUGCCGCCGCUGCCGUCAAAGCCACCGCCGCUAACGUUGUUUUUGUGCCCGCCAGACCUCCCACAAAUUGUUAACCUGAUACGGCGAAGAAUUAGUAGUACUCUGCACUAAUUUUUCGACUCAACAAAUUUUUUGAAGAAAAGCAAAAAAAAAAAAAAACACACCCACACACAACAAAACAUAUGCAAGGAAAGUGAGAAGAGAAUAAAGAAUUUUUUUGUAAAAAUUUUUAUCUUAAUAUUUAAAAUGAGAUGAGAUAUGUGAAAUAAGUGAUGCAUUUUAAUAGUGUAAAUGCAAUUCUAUUAUGUUAUGAUAACAUAAAGCAAUGGUAAUUGUAUGCCACAGUCAAAGUGCGACGAUGACCUGAUGACGGUAGACGGACCGACUAGAAGUUGGUUAAUACAUAUAUAUUUUUUUAAAUAAUAAUGCAGUAAGUGAAUGCAAAAUUAAUUUGUAACAAAUUUUAAUUUUAACUACAAUUUUAAAUAGAAAUGAAAUUUGUUUCUAAGUUUGUAUAUGCUGAUGUUUAACAAAAGUAAGUGAAAUAACGAAGAAUGCUUUUGAUACCGUGGCUCUGUAGAAAAUGUUAAUGAAAUGCAAAUACUUUAAUAUAAAAUUCAUUAAAGAAAAACUAGCCCAUUUAAACACAGAAGAAAUUGUGAGGAUAAUAUAUAAAAAAUAAAAUGAUUAUUGAAUAAAAGAAUUGUAAAUUAUGUUUAAAUUGUAAUUAAUUCAUUGUAUUGUGUAUUUCUCUGUUAUGUAUAUGUACUUGUGACAAAUGAGUAAAGGUUAGAAGUAAUUUGUAUACAAUGCAGGACAGUUUAUUCGAGCCAUCGCCAGCAGUCUUGGCAAAAUCGUGGCAGCUAGUCGCCCGAUUUUCCAACGUGUAUGUGUUUUAGUUUAAUUGAAUUUGUUGCUUAAGUGGCACAUAUCAUAUUUUGUUGCCAACAAGAUUUCUUAUGCUUAAUUGUAUUUUAAUUUUUUAUUGUACAUUAUACUUAAUUAUGAAGCUCUUUGUUAUUAUCAUCUUUGAUUUAAUUAAUUUAAAUAAAAAAGAAAACAAUGUAAAAAAGGUUUAGAACGGAGUUAAAUGAAAAUUUAAACAAAAAACUACAAAAUAUGCAUAUGCUGGUUUGUUUGAUUGUAUAUAUGUAUGUAUGUAUAUGUAUGCGUGCGACUGUGGAUAUAUUUACAAACGAUAAAAUGAGGGGUCGAAAUUAAGAGAUUUUGAAAUUACAAAUGGUUGGCAUUGAAAAUAGAAUCUCACUUGCAUUUGAGCUAUAAUAUUUGAUUGUGCUCAUAUCAAAUUAAUUGUAUAGUUAAUGGCUAGCAAUGUUUAACCUUUCUAUUUUUUACAUACAUACAUAUGUUAGCAGAUAUUUUUUUUUUGCAAACGCCCUUGCAGUUACAGUUUUUGCCUUAAAAAGGAUGUAACGUAAAUAAAAGUUCUCUACUUUCAGUUUAAAACGUGGCUAUAUUACAAAACAAAACAAAAUAGCACAUCUUUAAGAAAACGAAAUUCAUUCCUUUUCAAGUUAUGCACCAAAUGUAAUGUAUGCAUACAGCACACCAUGCCGUAUGAGCAACACAGCAUACAUAGAUCACUUGCAUCAAGUAUUACUAAGAAUACUUGAUAAAUAACUUUGAGGUAGUAUAACUUUUAAAGUUUUCAUUAGAACAUCACUUUUUUGAAGUUUACUUUUUUUAAUACAAAAUAUAAAAAUCUCCCAUGGUUUUUACAUGGAAGAUAAAUAUGAUUUAGACGGGUUAAUUGAAAAUAAAGAGCUUUUUACAUUGUAUUCUUUCGUAAGAGCAAUAACUUCAAGGGGGUUUGCAAAAAAAUUAUAAAUUUGAAAAUAACCGACACCCUAAUAUACAAAGAUGAGUCAUAUUCCGAUUCCCUUUUACUUUAUAUUACGCUUAGUUAUUACAAAUUUCGAAUAUUUAGCCCUUGGAAAUCCGAAAUAUUCUUUGUAUAAAAUGAUAACCUACCGUGGCUUUGUUAUGGAGUAUGACCAUAAAAAUAUAUAAAAUAUCUUUUUAAUCCUAUCUUAAUUUACCUGAUUUUUGCAAUUCAAUAUACAUUAAUUUUGUAGAUACGGUUGAAGUUUGCAUAUUUUUGAGAUUCGAGUAAUGAAAAUGUAAGAUUUUUGGAGUGCUGCUACAAUUUCCAACAACAUAAAAAGUGGUAUUUACACUUAAAUAUCGGUUCACUUGUGAACUCUAUUUCACUCUUAACGAAUUUCUUUAUUAUAAAUUUGAUGUGCACAUCUUUAGGCUAGAUAAAUGUGAUUCAAUUUACAUAACUAAAUUUUUUGGAUGGAAAUAUAAAAUUAUAGUUUGGUGGGUUUGAAGUAAUCACUAUUUGGUAGAAAAUGUGUUUAAGAAGCGUGGUGCGGCUGAUAUUUUAAUUUAAGGCUUAUGAUUGCUACAUACAUUCAUUAAUGUAUAAUGAAUAUAGAAACAUUUAAGGGAAGGAAAAAUCUGAGCGAAGUGCAAGUAUUAGCACUUAAAUCUCAUGUAUAUAUUAUAAGUACGUAUGUAUGUACAUCUACACAAAAGUUAUGCGCGAUAAGCGUUAAUCACAGGGCAAAGUAACUUUUUUGAUUGCAAUUAAGCAAAACAAUUUACUCAAUGAGUAACCUUUAUAAGAAUAACUCAACGCUUAAUAAGCAUGAAUUCAAAUUUAAAAACUUGGUAAUUGUAUUGCUAAAACUUAGUAUAACCAUAAAAAAAAAAAACAAAUAAC